AUGUUUACCGAAACUCAGUUUACAUCAUCUAUCUAUCUAUCUAUCUAUCUAUCUAUCUAUCUAUCUAUCUAUCUUAGGAGUUCUUUUUUCUUUAAUAUCUCUUAUAUGUAUUUCUUCUUUUCUUUUCUCUUUUUAGAUUUAUUUCCCCUUUCCUUUUUUUCUCUCUCUUUUCUUUCUUUCUUUUGGUGUCUUUUCUCUCUUUUUCCUUUCGUCUUUUCUUUCAUUCUUUUUCUUUUCGUCUGGUCUAGGGACUUGAGUGACGAAACAAUUGAAGCUGUCUUCUUUCUCUUAGCUUUCAUGACGAUACAUAUCAUUCUUUCCCCGAAGGCCGGAAAGGGUUGUCUUCACAUGACCAAAUUCAUAACGGACUGUCGCAUUUAUAGCGUAACUGUCCAUCCAUCCGUUCAGCCCGAAGGCCGGAGAGGGUUGUCUUCACCGUACCUGUCCAUCCAUCCAUUCAUCCCGAAGGCCGGAGAGGGUUGUCUUCACAUGACCAAAUUCAUAACAGACUGUCGCAUUUAUAGCGUACCUGUCCAUCCAUCCGUUCAGCCCGAAGGCCGGAGAGGGUUGUCUUCACAUGACCAAAUUCAUAACGGACUCCCGAAGGCCGGAGAGGGUUGUCUUCACAUGACGAAAUUCAUAACGGACUGUCGCAUUUAUAGCAUACCUGUCCAUCUAUCCGUUCAGCCCGAAGGCCGGAGAGGGUUGUCUUCACAUGACCAAAUUCAUAACGGACUCUUACCUGUCCAUCCAUCCGUUCAGCCCGAAGGCCGAAGAGGGUUGUUCUUCGAACAUGACCAAAUUCAUAACGGACUGUCGCAUUUUAUAGCGUACCUGUCCAUCCAUCCGUUCAGCCCCGGAAGGCCGAAGAGGGUUUGUACCUGUCCAUCCAUCCGUUCAGCCCGAAGGCCGAAGAGGGUUGUCUUCAUGACCAAAUUCAUAACGGACUGUCGUACUUAUAGCGUACCUGUCCAUCCAUCCGUUCAGCCCGAAGGCCGAAGAGGGUUGUCUUCACAUGACCAAAUUCAUAACGGACUGUCGCAUUUAUAG